AUGGUCGCAUCGAGGCCAACUAAAACUAACCCACAGGAGUAUCUCAAGAUUGUGAAGAAAAAACUUCAAAACAAACGUGACGUCUACAUAAGGUUUCUUGAGGUCAUGACAGCUUUCACAGCUAGGAGGAUGGAUUCGUAUAUUGUAAGAUCAGUGGUGAGAGAACUCUUUAAGGAAGACAAGGAACUGAUUUUGGGUUUCAAUCCAUUUUUGCCUAAGGAACUCAGGAUAAAACUGGACGGUGAACAAACUACACCAAUAAUGUCUGAUGAGUAUUGGAAAGCUCUUGAUUUUGUCAAGAAGGUUAAGGACGAUGUUCGUAUAUACAAAUCAUUUGUGAAUAUUAUGGACAUGUUUAUGAAGGAAAAAAAGAGCACUGAUGAGAUCUGCCAUGAGGUAACUAUCCUAUUUCGAGAUCAUCACGACUUGCGUGUGGAGUUUUAUCACUUUCUCCCUCAGAAUCUCCCUCGAAAGAGAGAAUGAAAUAUGCAAUGAAUCCAUGUUGUACCACCAGUUUGUUGUUGAACUAGUACUUAAACUAGUACCUUAUUUAGUUAUAUUGUUAUCGUUUAAACCGUUACUAUGAAUAAUACUUACUCUCUCAGGUUUUUUUAGUUUUUGU